AUGUCCGCCUACCCUUCUCCUGCUGCCUCAGCCUUUCCCAGGCUCGGUCUAAGUUCUGGGCUCACUGAGUUUAACCAAGUCCUGAGUCCGGGAUUGACUGCAAUAGCCGUGCUGCUCCUCGCCAGUUUAUAUUUCCUCCCCCACUUCACCAAAUACGAUCCCUUUGGACGUCGUCCCCGGGACAAGGACGGCAACCCCAUCCCCGAUGGCCCCAUUGGCCUCCCCCUCGUCGGCUCAUUCCCAUUCCUCACGCACUACCCUGAGCUGACGCUCGACUACUGGCGCAAGAAGUUUGGCCCACUCUAUUCGAUGUGGCUCGGGAACCAGCUCUUUGUUGUUGUCUCUGACCCAGGCAUUGCCAAGGACCUCAUGGUGACCAACGGCUCUGUCUUCUCCUCUCGCAAAGAGAUGUUCGUCAAGAGCCAACUCGUCUUCGUGGGGCGCGGCAUUACCGCCACUCCAUACAACGACAGAUGGCGCAAACACCGCCGUCUUGCGACUGGCUGGCUGAACCAGCGUUCGGUCAAUGGGUAUACGGGCGUACUUGACCAGGAGGCGACCGUGAUGGUCCAAGAGCUGUACAGGAAGGGACAGGCGGGACGCGCGCCGAUCAACCCUCAGCCGCAUGCUGGGCGGUGCUCGCUCAAUAACAUGCUGACGAUCGUGUUUGGUACGCGCACGGAUUCUACAGAGCACCCGCUCGUCGGAAAGGCGCUGAAAAUUUCACGCGAGUUCAUGUGA